CACAUCUGAUUACACAAAACGCCUGCCUCCCUUUCUGUGGGAACUCCCCCCCCUUCAAGAGAGCCACAAGUGGAACAACAAAGUGGGGAAGAUUCAACUGAAGGAGGCCGGCAUUUUUCUGCAAACUGCUGAUGUGCAUGACAAGUAGGUCAGUUUGACAUCAUGAGUGACCGCUUCGACUGCAAAAACUGCAAAGAGUCCUUGUAUGGACGCAAGUACAUCCAGGUGGAGGACAACCCUCACUGCAUCCCCUGCUAUGACCGCCUGUACGCCAACACCUGCCAGGAGUGUAAAGAAAUAAUCAGUCACAAUGCCAAGGAGCUCUUCUACAACAACAGAUACUACCACGAUCACUGCUUCCGCUGCGUACGCUGCGAUCGCUCUCUGGCCGACGAGCCCUUCACCAGCCAAGACGACGCGUUGGUAUGCAGCGAGUGCUACGGAAACGAAUUCUCCUCCAAGUGCGUGGUCUGCGACAAGAAAGUCAUGCCCGGAUCAAAACUGUUGGAGUACGGCGGCUCCACGUGGCACGAGCACUGUUUUGUGUGUCACGGUUGCGACAAGCCCAUCGGUGGCGAGGCCUUCAUCCCAGACAAAAACAACUACUACUGCGUACCGUGCUACGAGGGCAGGCUUGCUCCGCGUUGCAGCUGCUGCAAAAAGGCUCUGACUAGAGGAGGGGUGACCUACAGGGACGAGGUGUGGCACAAAGAGUGCUUCCUCUGCACAGGCUGCAAAACUCCUCUGGCCGGGCAACCUUUCACCUCAGAAGGGGAAAAACCGUACUGUGUCAAGUGCUUCAGCAGCCUCUAUGCCAAAAAAUGCGCCGGCUGCAACACCGCCAUCACAGGUUUCGGAGAUGGCAAAUAUGUCUCCUUCGAGGACCGUCAGUGGCACCAGCCGUGCUUCAAGUGCUCCCGUUGCUCCGUGUCGCUGGUCGGCUCCGGCUUCUUCCCGGACCGUGAUCAGAUUCUGUGUACAGACUGCAACAACGACGACUGACCGCCACAAAAAAAACCUCAGCUUUACACAACAAUACUGCAAAUACGCAUCUUCACUUCUUUGUUCAAAUUGUUAAAGAUUUGUAGUGUUUUGUGUUGCUGAUAAAUAAUCAAGUUUAAGCAUUAGCUACAAAGCAACACACUUAUGGUGCCAAGAUAAUUGUAUGAUGUACAAUUUUAGCAUGACAGCAUGCGUGUUGCAAUGUUUUGACCCCUGCUUGAUAAAUAUGUAUUUUCCAAUUGGCAUUUUUGGAAUAUUAUAACAUGCAUGCAUGUUGGUGUUGCUAUAAAAGUCACAAAGAGCCAUAUUUUAUUAUAUAUAGUAAUAUACUAAAGUGCACAAUAUUACUCAACUUUUUUUGUAAAAUAAAACCAUAAAGAAAUAUCUGCUCCUUUGCUAAAAUAACAUCACUAUGAGCAAUAUUAUAUUGUGUUAUUAUAUGUGUGUGUGUCAUAUAUUUUCACUUCAACGACAAAGAACCGUCCAACAGAAAGCGCCUCCUCCUCCUCCUCCUCUGCACCAAAAAUAACCCUCCCAUGCGAACUGACUGUUGCUAUUACUUAAAUAAUCAGAAUAAUAUUUACAGUUCACCACCCCGUUCCAAUCAGAUUGUUGAUAUAAAGUCCACAUGAUGUACAAACACUAUCAUUGUGUAAAGUUUCAUCUUCAGAAACGAAAACCAACCCGCUUGCAAACACAAAAGGCAAUCAAAAAGAUUUUGGUCUGUGCUAUUUCAUCAUUAUCGCUUGACAUCCUGUGCAUCAUGUCACUUCCUGCUUUUCUUCACCAUUUACGACCCUUAACAGCAAAAAAGGCCUCAUUCUA